UCUGAUAAGUGCGUCACCUUCACUGUCUCCAUUAAGGAAUGUGAGAUGAAUUCAAGUACUAUCGAAGGUAGCUAUUGCUCCUGUACUGCCAGCUGCCUAUUCUUCGAAGAUUGUUGCUAUGGAUCAUCACGCACAUUCGAGAAACCUUACACCAUGAUUCUGGAUAAGCAGUAUUGGAGUUGCACCCGAUUUACCAUCGGCGUCGCACAGAAUACAUCUUGCAUUUACAAUUACUUUGUAGUGGACAGGUGUCCAUCUUUAGCUGGACCUGACCCCGAGUUGGUAUGGAGAUGUGAGCACCCGAUGGCGAAUGACACUGUCUUUGUUGACUCCCGGAAAAUCUUCUUCCGCAACAGGUAUUGUGCUCUUUGCCACGGCGUAAACUCAUCGGAACUCACCCCUUACGUUGUUUUUGCACCUUGUCAGGACAACCCACCGAAUGUGGAUACGUUUUGUGGACAGCAACCGUUCAAAAUUGACGGGAAUUACCCUCCUGCUCCUCGUUCAUGUGUCGAUGAUUCCGCCAUCGUAUCACAAUGCGAUUCACGAUUAGCAGACCGAAUUUCACAAUUACUUUGUUCGAGCGAAAGCGAGCAAAGAUUGAUGGUCAAUGGUACUAUCUACAGGAACGCUGAUUGUGCAAUGUGCAAUGGAAUGCUAGUAGACAACGACGAAUCACAAUGUAGAGCGUCAAGAUCUGAUAAAGUCCCCGUUUUUAGCACCGCUUACUUUUAUCCAGAGCUGCGAUGUACGAAUGGCCUUCGAUUAUCUGGAACCGAAUGCAUCCCAGAAGUCAGUUCCUGGCCAGAUUGCAAGAACAGAAGCGUCAUCUUUGCUGUCAUCGCCAAUGGUUACAUGCAGUGCUACGGUGGCUUCAAACGUUUCAAAUACAUGAAAACUCUCAUGAACAUCGAAAGUCCGGUCAUGUCGAGCUAUGAAUUCGAUUAUGAUGUCUCUGACGGGUAUUUCACAACCUUCCUAGAGUUUCCUGCUGACAUCCUACCGCACACGAGUGAACUGGAAGACUUUAUUGAAUACAGCUUAGAUGAAACACAGGAACAGAGUUGCCCGGAUAGCAAAAUCAUCAUCCGAGAAAGAUGUAACAUUGAUUAUGAAAUAGUCAUGGGUAAUAGAAGUAAUCUAUCUCGCAUUGUAGAUGACCCCCAUUUAUUUAAACCGGUGGACAUCAAUGGGACAGCUUAUAUCAUGUAUAAUGACACCACUUUCGUGACGCCAUUUUUGUGGGAAAACGACACUUAUUUCUCACGUUUUUCAAACAAAUGGAAUUUCACCAAGCAACUGUCCUUCUCGCUUUAUGGUAAGGUCGUUGACAUAGACACAUGCGCUGCUAUCAUUGUUGGAGACUCUCUCAUCACCGAAAAUGAAAGAGACAAUGUUACCUAUUUGAUAUACCAGGACAUCUCAUUUCCUCCAGAGAGCUACGUUCGUUACCUGAAUGGCUCUGUCCGUCUAUGCUGGACUGGACCCGAUCCUCCAGAACCUGUCAGCAUGUUCCAGUACUCCAAAGGACAGUAUAUUUUGAACCUCAUACUCCUUGUUCUGUCCUCCAUCUGUCUCUUGGCGACGUUGAUCACCUACUGUAUCUUCAAGCCUCUGAGGAACCUCCAAGGCCUAUCCAUCAUGAGCUUUGUGUCGGCCCUUCUUGUUGCGCAGUUGAUGCUCCAGUUCAUCGCUCCCAACAUGGUAUCUUUGCCAACCGUGUGUACGAUAGCAGCUAUCAUCACUCAUUAUUUUCUCCUCGCUAUCUUCGCAUGGACGAACAUCUUGGCGUACGACCUUUUUCGUUGCUUCGCGUCCUCAUCUUUCCUACCCAAGAGACAUAGUCAGAAGACACGUCUCAUCUGCUACUUUACUUUUGGCUGGUGUCUUCCUCUCGUCAUCGUCGUUCCCUGUCUGAUUACUCAAGUUCAGAACCCUUCGCUGUUUCGCUACGGCAAGAUCGGGACAUCGUGCUGGAUCUACCAAGCCAGGGCUAUCGUUCUGGCUUUCUUGGUACCUGUCGCCGCCAGUUUCCUCGUCAACUUCGUUUUCUUUUUGUUAACUGCCUACGGUGUUCACAAGAGUAAGCGUGAUUCCAGCGUUCUCCAUACAGGUGUUCAAGAGCGACGGAAAGAGAUUUUCACGGAGCUGGCUGUCCACUUCAAGAUAUCGUGCCUGCUUGGUUUUGGAUGGUCAUUCGGUUUCAUCGGCGCCUUCGCCCAGUCUGCUGCUGUUUGGACAAUCUUCAUCAUCACCAGCUCUCUGCAAGGUAUCUUCGUCUUCAUCUUCUUUGGCGCUAACCAACGGGUGAGGGGUCUCUGGCGAAAGAAGAUUUACGGAUCCAAAGCACGAGGGAGCACUACGACAGGAACGUCUUCUACAAGUGUGGGAUUGAGAGACAUGAGUCAGAAAUAAUUAUGUAUUAUAUCAACAGGUUCAACUACCUAUGUCUAGAAGUUAUCUACAAUAAUGUUAACGAUCUUCAUCUGGAAUGUCAUUUGGACUUUUGAUGGUAUACAACAUCGCUAAUUAUCGUAUUCUGUGUUAGUCUCUGUAGACUAUUGACGGUAACGUCUGAGGCCAAUGACACAGUGCCCUUAACUGUUGAAACUAAUUUACUAUAUUAACUGAUCUUAUACUAUACAUUUCAGAAUAAACUAGCAAACAAGUGAUUUUCAUUUAAUUUGAGGAGCACUUUGGAUGCAGUACAAAAUGUAUUAUGUUAAAUCGAUCAAUUAAGGUGUAGAAUAUGUAAAUGUAGAUGCUAUCUUUGACUUUACAACAUUAUGCUUUUAGUUAAAUAUGUAAUAACAAACUAUUGUGUUUCAUAACAGAAUGAAUUUGAAUCUAUAUCCAAUUCAAAUUGGGUUUGCUUGAAAAUAAAUGCUAUUUCUUUCCGAGUAAAGGGAAUUUUUGUUCGGCGGUGAAUGCUCCUCUUCCUGUUGCAUCUUUCUUGAUUUAUCGAAUUGCCGUUGUACCAUAAUGAUAAAACUCUGACAUAAUAGCUCAAGUACGGGAUGGCCUCAUGACAAACCUACCAAUACAUACUAUUAUGAACAGCAAUCAUCUCAUCGGAACGCGUGGCUGUGAUUAAGGGUUGCAGCCCCCCCCCC